CCUGUGGGGCGGAAUUUUCAUUAAGUCAAUGCGAUGUGUUUUUUCAUGUCCAUAGUAUGAUUGGCAGCUGGAAAGCCUAGCGCGUAGCGAGUAAGAAUUUUCUCAACACACCACAGGUCUUUUUCACACUAGAGACAACAGUAGCUAGCCGUGUUGUAUUUUUUCUAUGGAGUUAUGAACUUUGUUUGUUGUGAGCGAAGAUUUUUCACCAAUUUACUAACAUGAAUCUGUCGGAUGAAAUGUUAACGACUGCUAAUGCACAGUAUUUGCAUCCGGAUUAUUUACAGCCAUUACCAACAACGCUCGACGCAAAGAAAAGUCCGCUGGCUUUGUUAGCACAGACCUGUAGCAGCAUUGGAAAGGAUCCCUCUCCAACAGGCAAAUCUAUUAUUCCACCAUUUGGCAAAAAGGAAUCUGAAAAGGUACAGGAAAAAUCCCUGACACCAGAAAAUAAACGAUCCCACUCUGCUAGUAGCAAGGCAGAAUCUCAAAGUCGGGAUACUUCUAGCGAAAAACCUGGAUUUAGAACAAUCUCAUCGAAAGAUGUGCCACCCUUGGUUCCGAUAAGUUCACAGGACAAAUCAAAAUCUCCGGUGAAUUCCGUGAAAAAACCAACGGAAACUACAAAACCUUCUGUGACAAAGAUUCCCUCUCACAGUUCCCCAUCUCCUUCCAUUAAUUCCGUAACCUCAGCACAAAGCAGCCGAGGAUCGGAUACCGAAACCGAACCUCGGGAGUCGACGGCAAAAAGCCGAUCUACGCCGGAAACUUCACUGUCUUCUAAAACAAAUCCAUAUACAUCUGUUCCCGGUUUUGCCGGUUUACCGGGAUUUCCACAUGCCUAUCCAGGGUUUCCUUAUUUAGGUCAUGGACUUCCAGGAGAAUUACCGUCUUCCAUUCCAUAUCCAUCCCCCCUUUCUGCCCACGCUGGACUGUAUUCCUCGAGCAGUGCAGCAGCAGCCAUGGCCCUAGCUCAAAGCCAGGCAGCUGCCCUAAAACACGCCUCAGCUCUCUCCUCUCCCUACGUCUCAUAUACCCGUGUUCGAACCCCCUCGGGAUCUACAACGUUGGUACCCGUGUGUCGUGAUCCGUAUUGCAAUAACUGUCAGCUAACUAUGCAAACUCAGCAUUUGUCUUCACAGUGCACUGCCCCAGGAUGUUCUCAGUGUGCGCAUGAAAAAUCCCUCCACAGUCUUAGUGGACUGGGAUUAGCUGGGUCAGUUCCAAUGCUACCAGGGUUUCCGGCUUCGGCAGGUGCUUCCGGAUUACCCUCUCUGCCAUCAUCGCUUUCAUCUCUUUAUCCGCCAGGAGCUCUCGGAGCCCCUCAGGGACUACCCUUUGUGUGUAACUGGAUGUCGGGUACCGAAUAUUGUGGAAAACGCUUUACUAAUUCUGAGGAAUUGUUACAACAUUUGAGAACUCAUACCACUUCAACAGAGACUAGUUCAUUAGCUGCAGCCUAUGGAGGGUUAGCAGGAUUUCCUCCGACUAUCAACCCGGCUUCUCAUCUCCCUACCCCAGGAGGUGUGAGUCCGAACUCGAUCAGAAGAUCGUACCCCACAAGUCUUAGUCCAGUCAGCGGUUUGUUGGGAGGUAAUAGAUACCACCCAUACAAGUCCCCUUUACUUCCCGGCCAAAGUGUCCCUCCGCUCGGACCUUAUUACUCCCCAUACGCACUAUAUUCACAACGACUAGGAGCGGUGCCAUAAGAAUUAAUGAGUAGAAAUCCAUUUCUUUUUGUGUGCCAAUAUUAUGCAAGUAAAUGGGAGUUGACAGUGCUAAAUGUGGAAUGUGUUAGAAGAAUUUUUUUGUGUUUAUUUAUGACCAAAUUCUAUAUAUAUAUGAUAGUAUAAUAUAAAACAAUGUUUUUGAUAUUUUUCAUUAAAAUUGUGAAAUAAUUUUAA